AUGACGGUUAAUCUUAUUCCUGUUCCUUUCCUCUUUUUUUUCUUCCUUCAAUAUUCAGUCAAAGCAGGCGACUUCGCGACCAAUGCAGCCAACAACAACGGCCGAACUAACUUCACCAACAAGCAACUCACAGAACUAGAGAAAGAAUUUCACUUCAAUAAAUACCUAACCAGGGCCAGAAGAAUAGAAAUAGCAGCUAUGUUAGGCCUCAACGAAACACAGGUAAAGAUUUGGUUCCAGAACAGACGGAUGAAGGAGAAGAAGAAGAUGAAAGAAUGCAUCCCUCCACCGCACCAUGGUCACUCUAUGUCUCACCUUCAUCAUAUGCACUCAUCCGUUGCCAUGACAACCCCAUCAUCACUAUCUGUCCACCAGGCAUCGCCACCCUUGCCGCACUUUACGGGAGCUCUUCCGGGUCAGACUGUCUUAUCCGGUGGGUCACCGCUAGGAGAUUCAGAACUGAAAUCAGGCAGCUACUGUGGGCAUGCGCACCUAAGCCACACUGGUUCCGCCAUGGUCAUUACAAAUGGAACUUAAAAACUUUUUUGCAUCAAGAGACACUGACAUUCCUCGUUCAAUUUGUAUCAUACAGAGUUAACUUUGUGGCUAUUUAUGAACUUUAUCUGUUAAAAAGAAGAUGUUUUUCAAGUCCCACCUAAAAUGGUGCUGCGUGGAGAGGUCAAGUGAUAUCGUUGGAACAGUGCUGGUAACUCCUUGACUGGACUAUCUUCUGCCAUGUCUAUACCGUACUGUCAACACGGUCCAUCAAAACUUCGGGAUAUGCUGUACAACAUACCCUCGAUGAAAGUUCUUUAGAUAUCACCAGUUUCCACGACGCCACCACGGACUUCAUGAUAAUGGUAAAAAAAGAAUGUAAGCUAUGGCGAUUAAUCAAAAUAUACAUCUGACCUAAAUGUAGGUUAUAUAUUUAUAAAGGAAUUUUCACCUCCAGAUCACCCAGCUUUUGUAAAUCCUGAAUCAAUUAGUUUUUAUGAAGAGUAUUAUGCUGUCUACUCUUAAAUUUUCGGUGUGUUAUACGUAGAUACUUGCCAGUGGGUACAACGCAGUACAACUCGUUUUAAGGUGCAAAUUGAUUACGACUAUAGAUUCUUAUGUCGCGUUUUAUCAUGCUUAACAUGUUUGGUAGUGUCUCAAGACAAUUCGGUUGUUUUUUUAUUUUAAAAAGGUGGACUUAGCACCUUUUUUACACGUUAACCUCAUAUCUCAUUUCUCAGACUGGACUUUGUGAUUUAAAACAACCUGAAGCGAUGCAUAUUUUCCCAAGUACCAAGAUUAGUUAAUUAUGUAUACAUAUAUGGUUGUAUACACUAAACGAGAAUGCGCUCACUUAAUACUUUGGUAGUGAAAGAUGAACAUAACAUGUACGCAUUGAAGCUUCUUUGCAGUAUUUCACAGUCAAACGUAUGGAGAUGAAAUAUUAAUAUAUGUAUGUCCAAGGCAGCUCACGCUCACAGCGAUCAAAACAUACGACGUAGAAAACAAUAAGAGAAUCAUAACUUGGUAUUCUGGUCCGUAAGCAGAAUCCUAUCUGGAAAAGGAGAGACAAGACAUACCAGGAAAUAGAUUGUGACUACUGGAGAAUAGUAGUCAGAAGAGCGCAAUCAAAAGGUGUUAUGGCUUCCACUUAAUCGGCUGCUCCAUGCAUACAAUGUCCAAUAUGAUUAGUCAACGUACAGUCUCAUCAGUAUUCCCUAAUUUUUGUCCUGAUGAUUUCUCGAAUGACCUCAUGUAAUUUUGCUAAUAUUCCUUUCUAUGAGAUAGCUGAGAGAGAUGAUGACUGCAUACAAAAGAAGAAAGUCAUUAUUGUUAGAUGAGAUGCGAUGAUCUUUUUGUGUCUUUUGUCAUGUUUGUAGUUGAUGUAGAUUCGGAAGGGCCAUACAUUAAAGAACGCCAGUGAGUACAGAGAUGAUAUAGAUAUUUUCUUCAUGAUUCAAGGUCAAAUUCGACUUAAUUUACUUGAUGUGGAUGUUAGCCGAUAACCAUUUGGAAUAUUUAUCAAUGUCUUAACUAAAUAGCCAAGACAAAGUAAUUGUGACGUAAAUUUUUAAUUCGAGUUUUAUUUCACACACAUACUGACAUUAUGCUUUUCGACCAAUAACCCUGUGAGCGGUCAUCGUUGUUGUUGGAUUAUGGGAUGUGACAUGGUACAAAAUAAUAAAUAUUAAACAAGUAUAAGGUGUUGCAUAACAAUAAACCAUUUAAUACUAUUAAUCUAUAUAUUAUAUUACAUUCUAUUAAAGUUUCAUUUUAUUCCACGUGGAUUAAGUUAUCAUUAUGCAGGAGAUGUUAAUGUCUACAUACACGAUACAACAUUGCCUAUCGUGCUAGUUACUCCUGUCAUGAAAACAGUGACAUAAGGAUGGGGCUUAAUUCGUUUAUGGAAUCACAAAAUUGUAAAUUCUAAUUAAUUCUCUGAUAAUGAAAAUAUUAUGGUGGGGAUAGUUUGGGUUCAUUGUCAGGGUGAUGAACCGUGAAAGCUGUGUAAGGCAUAGAGAUGACUUGUUUGGCAGUUGACACUGUAACAGCUGAACUCAUUUAGACCACGUCCAUGACAGACAUCUUUCUACCAAGAA